UUAUGUGGCUGUGGACUGCUGGGUGUGGGCAUCUGGCUGUCAGUGUCACAAGGGAACUUCGCCACCUUUUCUCCCAGCUUCCCGUCGCUCUCAGCUGCCAACCUGGUCAUUGCCAUUGGCACAGUCAUCAUGGUGACCGGCUUCCUGGGCUGCCUCGGUGCUAUCAAGGAAAACAAGUGCCUCCUGCUGAGUUUUUUCAUCGUUUUGCUGAUAAUUCUCCUGGCAGAGCUGAUAUUACUCAUUUUGUUCUUUGUUUAUAUGGACAAGGUCAGUGAGAGUGCAAAGAAGGAUUUGAAGGAAGGUAUGAAGCUAUACAAUUCAGAAAAUAAUGUUGGACUGAAAAAUGCAUGGAAUAUCAUUCAAGCAGAGAUGAAGUGCUGCGGCGUGAACGACUUCACGGACUGGUACCCGGUGCUGGGGGAGAACACGGUCCCCGACCGCUGCUGCACGGAGAACGCCCAGGACUGCGGGCGCAACUCCACCGAGCGGCUCUGGAGGACGGGAUGUUACGAGCGAGUCGUCACCUGGUUCGAUGAGAACAAGCACGUCCUUGGUUCAGUGGGGAUGUGCAUCCUCAUAAUGCAGAUUCUUGGCAUG